UAUAUAUUUUAGAUUGGUUCGUCCUGCUUGUGGCGCCAUUUUCCUUCAACUCGCUUCGUAACAAACUCUCUCAGAUCUCUCAUUCAUGGCGGAUUCUGAUAGCUUCACAGUUAAGGACUCUCUGCUUUCCAAGCUUACCUCCAAGCCGGAGAAUCAGGUUUGUUUCGAUUGUAAUGCUAAGAACCCUACAUGGACGUCGGUUACGUACGGUGUGUUCGUCUGCACCGCUUGUUCUGCUCACCACCACAAUUUCCGAUCUCAGAUCUGCUUCUACAGGUGUACAAACAGGGAUCCAUGGAGCGAUGAGCAGCUGAAGAGGAUGAGUUUGGGUGGAAACAAACGUGCAAAAGAUUUCUUCAAGGAAAAUGGAUGGGUUAAUAAUGAUGAAGGAGAUUUUGAAGAGAAAUACUCAUCAAAAGCUGCUAAAUUGUACAAGAACUUGCUGUCUGAAGAAGUAGCCAAAUCCAAGGACAAGGAUUUGUUUGAUGUUGAUGUUGGUAAACUCUCCUCUGCCUUUGCCUCUCUAAAGACUAAAUCUGAAGCCAAUUAUGAACUAGUUCCAAAUGGAAAGAAUGAUGAAACUCAUGACACUUCAACUAAUGGAGUGCACAAGCUUUCUGCAAAGACAAAUGGUACUGAUAUUUAUGAAGAUCAACCUCAAGAAUCAGUAGUUAAUUCAACCGAGAAUGGAAAUCAGAAAACUAAAGUUGGAACUGAAAUCACCGAAGAAGAAGAUAUUGGUUUGGUGGGAGACAAGACAAACAAAAUGGAUGGGAUUAUUAACUUUGCUCUGAAAAAAAAGGUAUUUGAAUAUGGGAACAAGGAAAGGACCAAUGCACAGUACAUGAACGCACUUGAAUUAUUGCACAAGUAUCGUGAAUCGUAUGUGAUUCGUAGUUCAGACAUGUUCGGGGGAAAUGAUGUUGUUACGUUUAGGGACAUGAAUCAUUUCAUGGAAGUAUUGCAUGCCCAGGCGUUGGAGGACAUAAAAGGUCUGGUUUCGGGUGCAUUUGGGGCGAAAAAACUAUUGCGAAGAAUGAUAUAUGAUAUUAUUAUGUCGAAUGCACUUAUGGGCAGGUUCUUCUCUUUUAAAAUGUGAUGCAUUUAAAUGCAAUUCAAUUGUAUUACAUAUGUAUGUGCAAUCAAUUAAUGACCAAACUAUAUAAUGUUUGCUAAUAUGCUAUAUAUAUUGUUGAAUUGUACUUGGAAUAAAUCGGUAAUAGUUUGGUAGUUAUAUUCUAUAUUAAUGACAUUAAAUAUCAAAUUGUAGUUUA